AUGGUUGGCGCGAAUUUGAAAGCAGAGACGAUGGCUCUAAUGGAUAAGAGAAAGGCCAUGGAGACUGAAAUGAAUGCUAUUGUCGAACGUCUCUGCAAUCCCGGCGGUCCUGGUCUCUCCGGCAAUCUUGUCGACCCGGAGGGAUUCCCUCGGGAAGAUAUUGACAUUCCGGCGGUGAGAGCUGCGAGGCAUCGUCUUGCUGAAUUAAGGAAUGAGCACAGCGAGAUCACGGAGAAGAUAAACGUGAACAUUCAAAUUCUUCAUUCAGCGAGGCCUACAUCCAAAAAAGAUUCAGGUCCAGAAGAAUCAGUCUCGUCAGGUGAAGUGACUUCUUUAUCUGCCCCCAUGCAGACAGCUGGCUUCAGUGUUACUUCACGUGCCAUGGAUGUGGAUGUGGUUACUAGUAUUCCCUUUGCAAUGGUUGAUGAGAUAAACGAGUCAUCUCCAGCAGCAGAGGAUGGAUUACAGCUUGGAGAUCAGGUUGUGAAAUUUGGCAACGUUGAGGGUGGUAACAAUCUGUUGCAAAGGCUUGCCGCUGAAGCUCAGUCUAACCAGGGACAAGCAGUUUCUGUUGGAGUGAUAAGGCAAGGUGCAAAAGUCGAUUUGUCUGUCACACCGAGGACAUGGCAAGGCAGAGGUCUAUUAGGGUGCCAUUUCCGUUUGGUAUGA